ACUACCGGUACCAGUACUAGGUCAUAAAACAGUACCUAUUCUGGUAAACUGGCAGAGACAAUUUUUUGAAGCUGCAGAUUUUCAAAGAUUUAUCUGUGCUGUCCACUGUAACGUUAUACAAUAUUGCAAUGUCCUCUAAUGUGGAGAAACCUAUAGAAAAACAACGAAGGCCAGCUACUCUUACACCAGCUGAUGCAAUGAAAGAACCAAGUGAAAGACCGCCGGUUCGUUCACCGCUACGCGAGCAAACUUCGACUACAAAUAACGUUAGUGGAGCUACUUCACCAAGUAAGGGACAUUCACGAAGACGCCUAGGUUCAAAUAAAUACAGCCCAGACAUGAAUGAAAAAAUUGAUAAACUUGCGGAGCAACUGUUCACGGAAGAUAUAUCAGGAUGUGGGGAUCUCGGUACUUCUUGCGAACUUUCUGAUGAAAUUCCCAUCAUACAAAUGCAGGCGAAGAGUCACUUGGUUGACAGACAAGUUUCACAGGAUAUCGCACAUGGGAGCAAGAAAUCACGUUGGAAAACGAGCCGAAUAGCUGCUAUUAUGGAAAUGACGAAAUUGAAAACGAAAGAUAGUGGAGAUGUCCUUGAACCUCCUCCUCCUGUCCCAAUUAACCGUUCUCGACCGUCUUUAUCUACUCUUCACCAUCUUCCGAUGCCUGUAUUGAAAGAUAAAAGGGGUCAAAGUUCAGGAGAGCUGGGUGAGCAGGAAGAAGACGAUGAAGAUCAGUUUCACAGAAUCAGAGUAUCGGGAGUGGAAUAUGCUGGGGUUCCUAUGCAGGAUCUUGAGAAAGCAUCGGAAAGUCUUACAGAAGCUUUAUUUAUCCGAGAGAAAUAUAUGAAGCAAGCUUUACAGAGUGUUCAUCGCACAACCGCACGAUAUAUGAGAAUGGCAGAUGGUAAAGAACCAGAGUUAUAUCUCCCUGAUGAAAAAGAAUUGAGUGAAGAUGUUCCAUACCAUCCACCACCUGAGUAUCAAAGUCCUUACACAGAAGAUAAAGUGAAAAAUGUUCCUCCAGACCUUGGUUAUAAGCUGAAAUUACAGCAUGGUGUUUAUCAUGUAUACUCAGAUGAACAUGCUUUGACAAGGGAAGACCCAUUGGAACUCACAUACCCAGAUCUCGCUGAAUUUAUCAUGGAUCUGAAUCAUAUGAUGGCACUGAUUGUUGAUGGACCUCUCAAAUCAUUCUGCUAUCGUCGUUUAUCUUAUCUCUCAUCAAAAUUUCAACUUCAUGUUCUGCUCAAUGAAACAAAAGAACUCGCAUCUCAGAAAGAAGUUCCGCAUAGAGAUUUUUAUAACUCACGAAAGGUUGAUACUCAUAUUCAUGCAUCAGCGUGUAUGAAUCAAAAACAUUUACUCCGUUUCAUCAAAAUGACAUUGAAGAAAAAUGCAGAUGAUUUUGUCUAUGAAAAAGAUGGAAAAACAUACACCUUGAAAGAAGUGUUCGAAUCAAUCAAUGUUACAGCUUAUGAUCUGAGUGUUGACACAUUGGAUGUACAUGCCGAUAGAAAUUUGUUUCACAGAUUUGACAAGUUCAACUUAAAAUACAACCCCAUCGGUCAGAGCAUUUUGAGGGAAAUUUACAUAAAAACAGACAAUUACUGUCGCGGGAAGUUUUUUGGUCACGUCAUCAAGGAAGUCAUGAAUGAUCUGGAAGAGAGCAAGUACCAGCAUUCAGAAUUGAGAUUGUCAGUUUAUGGACGAGAUACCCAGGAAUGGGAUAAAUUAGCUAAAUGGGCAGUUGAACAUCAUGUAUACAGUGAUAAUGUCAGAUGGCUUAUCCAAGUUCCAAGAUUAUUCGAUGUUUAUCGAGCGAAAAAGUCAUUGAAAAACUUCAGCGAAUUUAUCGAAAACUUGUUCAGACCUUUGUUUGAAGCAACCAUCGAUCCUUCAUCUCAUCCUGAACUUCAUCUAUUUCUUCAACAUGUUACGGGAUUUGAUUCUGUUGAUGAUGAAUCUAAAAGUGAACAUCAUGUUUUCACUCGUGAUUCUCCGUAUCCUGAAAACUGGACGAGUGAUAACCCUCCUUACUCUUACUACAUCUACUAUAUGUAUGCCAAUAUGGCCGUGCUCAAUCAGCUACGAAAAGAGCGUGGAUUUUCUCUUUUCAACUUGAGGCCACAUUGUGGAGAAGCAGGACCAGUUCAUCACUUGGUCACCAGUUAUAUGUUGGCAGAAAACAUAAGUCAUGGACUUCUUCUUAGAAAGGCUCCUGUGUUGCAGUAUUUGUAUUAUUUGGCUCAAAUCCCAAUCGCGAUGUCUCCUCUCAGCAAUAAUCAUCUCUUCUUGUCCUAUCAUCGUAAUCCUCUUCCUGAUUACCUGGCUCGUGGUCUUCUUGUAUCAUUGUCUACUGAUGAUCCACUGCAAUUCCAUUUUACAAAGGAACCUUUGAUGGAAGAGUAUAGUAUUGCUGCUCAAGUUUGGAAGCUGAGCUCAUGUGAUAUGUGUGAACUGGCAAGAAAUAGUGUCACCAUGAGCAGUUUUCCGCAUGAUUUCAAGCAAUACUGGUUGGGUCCUGGCUACCUGGCUGAAGGUGCUUUGGGAAACGACAUCAGAAGAACAAACGUUCCUGAUAUUAGAGUGGCAUACAGACAUGAAACAUUAGAAGCUGAAUUAGAUAUGAUAAUCGCCCAACAGAUGAAAAGGAGGCUUGAAGACGGGGAGUUUUCUGAAGAAGAUCAACCGAGUACAGAGGAAAGAAGCAUAUAAUUCAAAAACUAGUGCUUGAACUAGUAGCAAAUGUGCUUUUUAUUACUGGACACAAAGAUGCAAGACAUAUCAUAAACACUGCAAUGUGGUUAAAUCCAUGAAAUGUUGCACAUAUAUUAAUGGUGCGCUUUAUUUUUAUUUCCUUAUGUUGCUCUUACAGUGCGUUAUGAGAAGCUAAACUGAAUUCGGCAAAUAAAUUUGCAAUUAACCAUUAAGGAUGUCAUCCCAUAGACUUGCUCUAAUUGUUAUUUAAUUUAUUCCGUACGGUUUGACCUAUGCUCAACACAAAAGUAUACUAAAAUGGAAACUAAAAUGUUCUAAGAGUUUGGUAGUUUAGGAAACCUUGUGAAACGUUAGACAUAGCUAGCUAGAUUUAUUUUUUUUUGAAGCUCAUGAACAACCCAAUUUUUUAUCAGUUUAAAUGCGUUACACGUUAUAAUCCAAAGAAAUAUCUAACAAAUACCUGUUUUUAUGAUUGUUAAAGUUAGUUCUCUAUAUUCCUUUUGUCUUCAAGUUUCCGUUUUAUGUACAGUUAUAUGGCUUCAAUAUUUGCGCGUUUGCGCUUGUGUGAGAAUGCGCAUCAAAUUAUCUUGUGGUUGUCAAAAUAAUUUUUGCGUGCAAUAUUAAUAGCAGUAUUCACCAUAUGAUUAUUCUGUAAUAAAGUUUUAGUGCGUGUGAAA